AUGGACGCCAGAUCUGACCUGACGCCGACCCACCCUGAUGGACCUCGAUUAUCUUCAUCCCUCCCCCACCAGAACUGGUUUCAGGCAUCCUAUUCCCACCCCGCUGGGCCCCCUGCGGCGAGUAUCUCACCCCAGGUGAGAUUCCGUCACGGAGGAUCUGCUUUGGAUGAGUCGACCCUGGCACGUCGAACCACUGCCUUCCGCCAGCUGAAUGGCAAUUCUAAGCCUCUGUCACGAAGACACCGCGAGACCAAGUCCAUUGGUGGCCGACCAUCGACUUUGGCCUCUCAGCCAGUGCUUGUCCGGGCAUAUCCCGAUGCAGCUGAUGAGGCGCAAUCGUCUUCCACCAUGCCAUCCGCUUCAGCGACGCAGCAGCAGCGCGUGCCAGAAUUGCCCUCAGUCCAGGACUUUAGCAUUGAGGGGAUUCUGCGUGCAAUUGAACCCGAGAUCAGGAGCACCCUGGAUUCAAUUGCGGAAAUCUGUGGAAGAAGCAGACUGAGUCUCGCCAACGAGUAUGGGAGCCAUAUCGCACCAUUUGGCGAGAUUCGAGCACCUCCGGGGGGUUUACUAACGGUGGAAGAGGCGAGUGCAAGCAGUGAGAGACUGACUGAUGACAAUGUCGCCAUUGUGGAUGACGACAAUAGUCUCUUGGAUGGGCGAGAUUAUUAUGCCACCUCAACGUAUGGCUUGCUUGAGAACCUGAGACAGACCGCCUAUGCCACCGGCUAUCAACGCAGCCCGCACUACCUUCACGAGGACAGUUCCUCCGUUCAAGCCCAGCCGGAUAUGUCGGGGUCUUCGACUGUGGUCCACCCAACCUCUGACAAUGAUCCCAAGUCUCGAUCUUCUUUCGUAACCAAGCAAUUCACUACAAAACCAAAACCUGGCAGCCGGGCUCUUUUGGGAAAUGCCCAGUCUGGUGCCAAAGGUGACGCAGCCAACAUUGUAACUCCGGCGAUGCUGUCAGAGGUCCAUGUGGACGCUCCUGCAAAUCGUUCUUCAUGGCCAUCUGUUCCUCCAGACACUUCGCACGGUUCUCCCAACCUCGCCGCCUCUAACUACCCUGGCACAAGCAGGAAUGGCAGUGCCUCUGUUCAGCCUUCUCGGGUUGAUAAGCUGUCCCUGAUGGCCGAUGUGCAGGGAUGGCUCGCUUGGCUUAAGGGGAUCGUGCAGCGAGAAAAGCCGCAACGGGCCUCCAGCCCAGAGACUGCAGAAACUACACUUCGCGCGGUGCUCGAGCGACACGCGGCCAAUGUGCUACGUACGCACGAACAGGCUGUUGCGGUCACUACAGGAUGA